AUGCGCGCCGAAGCCGUCGUUGCCGUGCUUGCACUCGCAUGCGGCGUCGUCGCCGAGCAAAUGCCCUUAAGCGCACCAACGGCGGAGCUCAAGAAACGCAAGCUCAAAGGCCGUUUCCUACACAUUACAGACUUCCACCCCGACACCCAUUACAAGACGGGCGCCACAUUCGACUCUGGCUGCCACCGACUACCCGGCGAAAAGGCCAAGAGCAGCCAUGGCAGCGGUGGCAAGGGCAAGAGCAAGUCGCGGCUCGAAGACUUUGAUGGCCAGCUCAAUGCCACGGACAAAGACGACGACGAUGACGAGGACGUUGCGGGCAAGUGGGGCAACAUUUUGGCAGACUGUGACUCGCCCAUGACCCUUGUGGACCUCACAUUCGAGUGGCUCAAGAAGGAGUGGGUCGACGAGAUCGACUUCGUCGUUUGGACAGGAGACAGUGCUCGGCAUGACAUCGACCGUGACAUUCCCCGAACACCAAAGGAGAUCUUCAGCUCGAACCGCAUGAUGGCCCAGAAGAUGAUUGAUGUGUUUGGCAAGAACUUCCCAAUCGUGCCUACUCUUGGAAACAAUGACAUUUGGCCUCACAACAUUAUCCAGCCAGGCCCCAACCGGAUCACCGAGGAGUUUUUAAAAAUCUGGAAGCACUGGAUCCCCGAGGACGACCGCCAUGUCUUUGAGCGUGGCGCCUACUUUGCUGUAGAGGUCAUUCCAGACCAACUUGCCGUUAUUUCCCUCAACACCCUGUUUUGGUUCCAAUCGAACUCUGCUGUGGACGGUUGCAAGGACCGCUCAAACGACCCCGGUGCGCUCGAGAUGGAUUGGCUCGAGGUCCAGCUCAACUUGUUCCGCGACCGGGGCAUGCAGGUCUGGCUCAUUGGCCACGUCCCGCCUCACCAGGGCGUCUUCUAUGACAACUGCUACCUCCGCUACGGUGAUCUUGCUCUGCGGUUCCAGGACACUAUUGUCGGUCACCUCUUCGGCCAUCAGAAUGUUGACCACUUCUUCUUCCUCGACGUCCCCGAGCUCAACGACGCGUUCGCCCCGAGCAAGAAAGACUUUGACAUUAUGGAGAUUCCUGACGCCAUGCUCAACGGCAGCAGCGUCGAGGACUUUACCUUCAUUGGCCCCGAGCUUCGUCAUGGUGGACACAACCUCAACUCUGGCCGCCUCAAGGUCCUGGGAAGGGGCAGUAGCAAGAAGGCCGAAUCUAUGAAGAAGGACCUGCAGGACUCGUGGGACCUGCUGCCUCCAGUCACCGACCUCAAGUACAAGGACUAUGCUGUCAUGAACGUUGGCCCCUCCGUCAUCCCCACCUACAUUCCCUCGGCUCGUAUCUUUUCGUACAACAUCACGGGCGUCACCCUCGAGGCCGACUCGCAGGUGAUGUUCAUCAAUCUCCCACCCGACGAAGAAGACGAGGAAGAUCUCGCAGAGAUUGAGAUCACCAAGAAGGAUUGCAAGAAGCCUGAGAACGAGGACAAGCCCCGGUGCGCGUUCAAGAACAAGCCCCGAUACUCGUCACCCGAGUCGCCCUCGCGCUCCAACAAGCCUCUCAGUGCCCUGGGUUAUACCCAGUUCUUCCUUCCCACCAUCGAGAAGCAGAACAAGCAGCCCGCCUACCAGAUUGAAUACUCUACCUUCAAGCCCAAGAGCCUCCUCCCAGAGGCGCUGUCGGGUGUGCCUCUCACUCAGCCACCACCGGUCCCGUACCACCUGCUCCCUGGAUACGACCCGUCCAUCGAGAGGCUCUCCCCAGAGGACCUGUCCUCGCUCGACGACGACGAGUCGGCGGACAGCCUCGUCAAGGGCAAGAAGGGCAAGAAGGGUGACCCAAAGGCCAAGUUCCUCAAGGAGAUCAAGCGCAUCACCCCAUGGAAGAUGAACGACCUGACCAUCAAGAGCUAUGUCAAGUUUGCGCGGACACUCAUGGAGGACAAGAAAAAGUGGAAAAAGUUUGUCCACUUCAUGUUCGUGUCGUCGGGCGAGGGCGACGAGUAG